UGGUGGAGUCCGUAUAGAAUUGAAAUAAUGGCGGAAAGCGAUUCUAGUUUGCUAAACUUGGACGAUGAAGAUCUCUACAAACGGCUGCUACUGGAGAGUUAUGAGAAGGAAGGUGCAGCAGGACUGGGGGGUCUUCAGCCACAGGAGCCGCUAGGGAGGAGGGUGGUACCUAAACCGGGUUUCUGUGUGAAAACCAAGGCAGAAAAUGAACAGAAAGUUUUCAUCAAUGUCUGCACAGCUGAAGAGGUCCCAGAGCCCAGGGACAUCAAUGAAGAGGAGCUGAGAGAGAUUCUGGAAUCAGAGGAUGCUGGGAAAUAUCGCAUCAGUAUGAGCAUCGGGGAGCCACACACAGAAGUGGACAAAGGUGGAAAAGGCUGCACAGCAUAUGAUGUGAUUGUCAACCCAAAUUUUUAUGACAAGAUGCAGAAACAAGACAUCUUCAAGGCCUUCUUCCUAGUGGUUUGUCUGGAGGGACUGGAACAAAAGUACCAAAUGCUUCUCAGUAGAAACUACACCAUCUUGAAGAAUAGAAGAUGUCUUGGUGCUCUUCAAGAACAGUUCCUCAGGACAAAGUCUAAACCUUUCAUUCAUGAGAUGGAAAGGGAGAAGUCUUCAUCUCUUAUUUCUGAAGUUGAAUCAAAAGAAAGCAGAAUACCAGAGCCAGAGUACACAAUCAUCAAAGAACCAGCGGACGGUUACCCAGAAUUCCUGGUGGCAGAAUUCAAACUACCUGCAGUGAGAUCUGUAAAAUUUUUGACCCUGGAUGUUGGUGAGGACAGAAUAGUCCUUGGUGCACGGCCUGAUCUCUACCAGCUAGACAUCUUUCUACCAUAUAACAUCAACCAGGAGGAGUCAGGGGCACAGUUCAACAAGAAAACUAGGACUUUGACCCUGACAAUGCCAGUACAGCCAGCAAGUUAAAAGUCAUCACUGUGAUAGAAAGGAAAAUAGCUUUUAUACAUGUAAACUUUGUGCUGUGUAUAUUUUUUGCCGUGAAAGUGUUUGUCUAUGAGCAAGCUAAAAUAUGGACAGGAAACUUCAACAAUAAAAACUGAUUAAACUGUGUGCAAGAGUUUUUGCUAUCCAAAGAAAUGGAAUAUUCAAGGUCUAUAAGCGUUACUUUAUUCACACUUUCUCCAGUAUACCAUAUUUCCACAUAACACCAGUAAAAAAGUUAAGAGAAACUCUGAGAAAAGAUAGAUUUGGGUCAAACGUUAAGGUACCAAGAUACAAUUGAAGUCCCCAGUAUUUGUGUUGAAGUUUGCUUUUUUCAUGUGAUGUUGUAGUGUGUUGUAGAUAAAGGCUUGUUAUGACUGCCACCUGGUGAUAGUGGUGAAAACUGCAGUUGUGCC